AUGUCCGACCAGGUCCAAGAGCUUCUCAACGUGCCUCGCGAGUUCCUCCGCGAGGGUAUGCAAUUCGUCAACCGCAGCCAGAAGCCCGACAAGCGCGAAUUCAUCAAGAUCAGCCAGGCUGUUGGCACUGGUUUCCUCAUCAUGGGAUUCAUCGGAUACAUCGUCAAGCUAAUCCACAUCCCCGUCAACAACGUCCUUGUCGGUGGCGCCUAA